AUGGCGCAGCUUCUCAACGCGCACCCGUGCUUCGUCGUCGGCGGCCGCCCUCUGGCGGCGGCGGCGGCGGCUUCGCCUCCGUGGCGGAAUUACGCCGCUGCCUUGCUGAAGGUCAACCCCCCUAGCAGCUCGGAGUGGGCGGCGCUGCGGAGGAAGGUCGGCAGAGGCGGCCGGCACUCGUGCUUCUUCAGCGACGGGCGGAAGCAGGUAACCGGGGGAUUUGUGGGCUUAUGAUUUUCUGUCCUUCGAUCUCCAUCUCUGCGCCAUACAUAUUUCGGUUGCGAUUUCUGUCGUCCGGGGAAAUCCUCGGGAAACAGUGGAUAGAAGAGGGGAGGCGUUCGUGAAGUUCUCUGCCGAUUUAGGGUAGUAGCACGAGCUUGAAGGUCCCUUUUUUUUAUUUUUAUGUCAGAGAUGCUGCUCGCGGCGGCCUCCAAGGGAUAACGCGUCGGUCUCCCUCUAACCCGGUCUCUUGUGCCUCCUGAUUGAUUCAUGAAUCAGGACCAAGCUAAGAAAGCCCUGGAGAGCGCACUCGGGGGGAAGAAGACGGAGUUCGAGAAAUGGAACAAGGAGAUCGAGAAGAGGGAGAGCGGCGGCAGCGGCGCUUCGGGGCGGGGGGGAUGGUUCGGCGGCGGCGGCGGAUGGUUCGGCUGGUCCAACGACGAGCACUUCUGGGACGAGGCCAAGCAGGCGGGCAUCACCCUGGGGGCCCUUCUCUCCCUGGUACGCUUCUCCCCUUUCCCCUCCUUCUCAUGCUCGUCGUCAUCAUAAUAUUUCCUCUGGGAGAGGCCACUGAAAUCCAUCCCCUGCGGCUUGUCUCCCUCCCCGCAGUAUCUGCUGCUCACCAAGGGCAGCGUGAUGUUCGCCGUGGUCUUCAACUCCCUGCUGUUCGUCCUACGAGGAAUACGAACCCGGGCGGAGUUCGUCGUGUCCCGCGUCUCCGGCAAGGCCCCGGCGAGCAGGUCGCAGGUCGCUAGGACGACCCCGGUCUCCUCUGCCAAGGAAAGAAUCGCGAGCAAGUGGGGAUCCGACUGA